CAACUUACCCAGUCCAAUAGAUCAUCACUCUUUCCCUCUUCCAUUCCAGCCGAUCUCAACCUCUCUCCCCCGCUCUCAGCUGCAGCAGCACACACCUCGACGACGGCGUCUCUCACCUCCUCAAGUCGACGGUGCCCCCAGCCAAGACAUUCUUUUUUCGAAUCAAGCUUCUCUUUACCCUCUUUGUUGGUUUUAAGAGGUAGAAUUGCCCUAGAAAUUAGAUGAGCGGUGGUGGUUUCACAUCUAGUAGCUUGCGGGCAUCGUUCUCGUAUUGUGUACAACAAGUAAGAAGCUAUGAUUACCAUCACUACCUUUGCCUUCUGGAACUUCCCCUCAACAUGAGGAAGGCUGCAUUUGCAAUUCGUGCUUUCAACAUUGAAACAGCCAGAGCUAUGGAUGUUGCUUCUGAUCCGAAAAUCGGCCUUAUGCGCCUCUUGUGGUGGCAAGAAGCCAUAGACAAAAUCUAUGCUAAAAAGGCUAUUGAACACCCUACAGCUCAGGCUCUCUCCUCAGUUAUACAUGAGAACAAAAUCACCAAAGGGUGGUUAAAACGAUCUGUGGAAGCUCGAAUUAAUGAUGCCAGGAGAGAGAGCAAUGAAAUCCCCGAAAAAAUUAAAGAGUUGGAGCAGUAUGCAGAGGACACUGCCUCAACUAUUCUUUACACUACACUUCAAGCUGGUGGUAUAAGGUCCACUAUUGCUGAUCAUGCAGCCUCGCACGUUGGCAAAGCGAGUGGCCUUCUUUUGCUGAUCAAGUCACUACCUUACCACGCUAGCCGCAACCGCCACUUUUCUUACAUACCCACCGAGGUAGCAGCCAAGCAUGGUUUAUUGUCUAAACAGGGAGGUCAAAUAGAACUACAUUUGGAUUCUCGAGAAAAUCUAUGUAGCGCAGUGUUUGACAUGGCUUCUAUAGCUAAUGUUCAUUUACAGAAGGCCCGUGAGUUGGCUGGAAAAGUGCCUGCUGAGGCUCGUCCGGUGCUGCUGCCCGCGGUGCCUGCUCAAGUUCUGUUGGAUUCUUUGAGUCAAGCGCAUUUUGAUGUCUUUGAUCCCAGGUUAUCAAGAGGGGUACUUGGCUUGCCUCCUUUGUGGUUCCAAGUGAAAUUGAAGUGGCAUUCGUGGAGAGGAAAAUACUGAUGUUGUUUUCAUAAUUCUUUUUCCCAUUACACUUCCAAUAAGUGAUAAAUCUCUUAUUUGCAUUUAAGAUAAAUUUCAUCUCAACAGUUAUGUUGUGAACAUAGUUAGUUAACUUUAAUUCUUUGGUUUGUUUUCUUUAUGUUUGGCCGUUUUGUGCCUUAAAAUAAAUAUAAUAUCAUUGUACACAAUUUCAA